AAGAAAAAUGAAGCCCUCUUGAACCACACCGUACCCUAACAAGUAACAACCUUUCUUGCCUUGAACCACACUUUACCUAUCUUGCCUUUCACAACUAAAACCCCUAUCCUUAUAAAUACCCUCCCAAACUCCUUAUCUUAUCUUAAUUAAUUACAAUCAAUCAAUUCUUAAUUAAUCUCAACAAAAUGAAGAAACUAUUACUCAUAAACUCUCCCCUCUUCUUCCUCCUCCUCCUCCACCACCUCGAGGUGUCACACGCGGUGCCCCUCUCGACAAACUCUCGAUGGAUCAUCGACGAGGAGGGGCAUCGCGUGAAGCUAGCGUGCGUGAACUGGGCGUCGCACCUCGAGUUGGUUGUAGCCGAAGGUCUAACCAAACAACCAGUUGAUGUAAUAUCAAAGAAGAUUAAAGAUAUGGGAUUUAAUUGUGUUAGGCUUACUUGGCCUCUUGAUUUGGCUACUAAUGAUUCAUUAGCUUCUACUACUGUAAGACAAUCUUUUGUCAAUGCUGGGCUUUUGGAUUCCAUUUCUGAUUUACAAGCUAAUAAUCCCUCCAUUGUUGACCUUUCCCUAAUCGAUGCUUUCCAGGAAGUGGUGGGAAGCCUAACAAGUAACAAUGUGAUGGUAAUUUUGGACAAUCAUAUAAGUAAGCCAGGGUGGUGUUGUAGUAGCUCUGACGGCAAUGGUUUCUUUGGUGACCAAUACUUUGACCCUGAACUUUGGAUAAGUGGCUUAACUAAAAUGGCUACUCUUUUUCAAGAUAAUCCAAAUGUUAUUGGCAUGAGUUUAAGGAAUGAACUUCGUGGGCCUAAGCAAAAUGCCAACGAUUGGUAUAGGUAUAUGCAAAAAGGAGCAGAAGCAGUACAUGUAGCCAACCCAAAUGUACUAGUCAUCCUCUCCGGCCUAAGCUACGACAAAGACUUCACCUUCCUACGCAAACAACCGGUCACCCUCAGUUUCACCGGAAAGUUAGUGUUCGAGGCACAUUGGUACGCCUUCUCGGACGGUCAAGCAUGGAAAAAUGGAAACCCUAACCAAGUUUGUGGGAGAGUAUUGAACAACAUAAAGGGGAUAUCUGAGUUUUUACUUGACCAAGGGUUUCCUUUGUUUGUGAGUGAGUGGGGAGUUGACUUGAGGGGUAUAAAUGUCAAUGAUAAUAGGUACUUGAAUUGUUUUCUUGCUUGGAUGGUUGAACAUGACUUAGAUUAUUCGUUGUGGACUUUGGUUGGGAGUUAUUACUUGAGACAAGGGGUUGUUGGGAUGAAUGAGUAUUAUGGAUUGCUAGAUUCGGAUUGGUCUCAGGUUCGAAACUCGAGUUUCUUGGAACGGAUUGCUGUUACGCAAUCCCCUCUUCAAGGUCCAGGAAUAACAGAUCGAAACAAACACAAGAUAAUAUACCACCCAUCAACCGGCCUCUGCAUCAAAAGAAACCCAAUGACAGCAAUGGGGGUACAACUACGAGAUUGUUCAGAAUCCAACCAUUGGACUUACACACCUCAAAACACCAUUUCCAUAUCAGGUUCAUACGUCUGUUUACAGGCACAAGGCGUGGACCGCCCUGCGCGACUAAGCCUCUAUUGUCCCGGUUCAGGAACGAGGUGGGUAACCAUUUCAGACUCGAAGCUGCAUCUUUCGGUUUCAUUAAGCAGGCGUAAUCGUGUUUGUUUAGAUGUUGAUUCUGAUAAUAAUCUUAUUACUACCACUUGUAAGUGUUUAAGUAAUGAUAAUAAGUGUGAUCCUGGUAGCCAGUGGUUUAAGAUGGUUGAUGCUGCUAAUACUAUUAGCACUGGUUUUGAAUCACAGCCUCAACUGAUGUAAAAUGUUAUACUCACUCCUUAAUCAAUUAACCAGUAUGUAAUUAUGUAGUUAAAAGUAAUCAUUGGGCCUUUGUAAA